CACAACACGACACAUUCUCAGUUGCUUUCGCAAGCCUCACCAAGCCGAUUGUGGCGCACAAAACUCGCAAAUUCUCGGUGAACAGAUCGGUGAAAGAGACGAAAAAAAAAUCAACAUCCAAAAUCCAAGGCUGUGUGUGGCCUCUCGUACUUGAAAGUCUGAUUCCGGCCAGCAAAAAUGCCUCUACAUCUACUCGGCAAAAAGUCAUGGAACGUCUACAACCCGGCCAACAUUGCGCGGGUGCGCGCCGACGAGGAGGCCGCGGCGCGCGCACAAGAGGCCGAGGAGCAGCGGAUGCAGGAGCGCGAUGCGGCGCGGCGCAUGGCGAUUCUCAGGGGUGAGCCAGACCUGACGACGACGACAACGGCGGCGGCGGCCGACGUCGAAACACCGCCACGACGAGCUGCCAAAAUCCACAACGGCAGCGAGCGCGACGAGGACGACUGGAUGCCGUCGGCGGCCAGGAGCGAGACCAGCACCAGGGCCGUCGUGGGCCGCAAGAGCAGGAGGCACAGGAAGCGGCACGGCGAGGACGAUACCGACUUUGAGAUGCGGCUGGCCAGGGAGGCGGCGGACCGCGGCGUGGCGAUGCGCGAGAGGCUGGGUAGGGAUGAGCGGCAGGGCGGCGGCGGUGCGAUUGUUGAUGACAAGGGGCAUAUCGAUCUGUUUGGCGGUGCUGCUGCUGCUGCUGCUGCCGCACAAGGAUCGCGGGAUAGGGAGGCAGGGGACGCGGCGGAGGGCGGCGGGGGGAUGCGCCUAGCCGACGCGGCGGGCCGUGGAAAGAGCGCGCGCUCGGCGCCGUGGUACUCGUUCGCCUGGAAGAGAAAGUCGGCGGCGCCGGACGAAGGCGUCAACGUCGAGCAAGGGCUGCCCGAAGCGCAGGCGCAGAACCAGUUCGGGGUGGACGACCCCGCGAGGAGGGUCCGCGCAGCGGCCAGGAUAGUGGCGGACGAUCCCCUCGCCGUGAUGAAGAGCGGGGCCAAGAGGGCUAGAGAGGUAGACAAGGAAAAGAGGCGGGAGAGGGAGGAGAGGGAGAAGGAGGUGGACGACCUGAUCCGCGAGGAGAGGAGGCGGGCUAAACGGACGAGACGGGAUGAAGAGGGCAGGCGGGAACAUCGUCGUUCCGGGGAGAAGCGGCGUCGGAGUGAGGACGACGAGGAGAGGGAUAGACGGCACCGCCACCGCGAUGACGAUCGCAGGAGAAGCCAUCGGCGCGAGGAUGGUCACAGGGAUAGGAAACACCGGGACGGAGAUGACCGCAAGAGAAGGGAUCGCAGCAAGGAGAGGCGCCGCAGUCGAUCGCCGCGGAGAUCGCCGCGGAGGGAGAUGGAAAGAACCCUAAGCGACAGGAGUCACCGCAAGGAGGAUGCUCGAUCAUGA